GUCGCAUUGGACGAGGCUACUGACCCAUGGGGUGUGAAGGUGGAGCGUGUGGAGGUCAAAGACGUGCGUCUGCCCGUACAACUGCAAAGAGCUAUGGCCGCUGAGGCUGAGGCUGCCAGGGAGGCCAGAGCUAAGGUGAUCGCGGCCGAGGGUGAGCAGAAAGCUUCUCGUGCCCUGAAGGAGGCCGCCGACGUGAUGGUCCAGUCGCCCGCCGCCCUCCAGCUCCGCUACCUGCAGACGCUGAACACCAUCUCGGCGGAGAAGAACUCCACCAUCAUCUUCCCACUGCCCAUCGACAUGCUGCAGGGGUUCAUUAAGAAGUAGUUCAGUCGCACCGGCGACCGGACACCCGCGGCUGUUGCUGACUCGUUUGUGUGGCUGGUGCAGCCGGCCUUCUUAACCCUCACUGCAACACACGCAGGGUGGGGAGAGGAGGGGAGGAUAUUGAAGGGGAGCAGAGGGCAGGGUCAGGGGGGUGGCUGUGGUAGAUGAGACAAAGAUGUGAAGGAAGGCGGAAGGAGUGAGGAAAAUGAUAAGUGAAUGAAGGAGAACGGGAGGAGGAAAAUAAAGAUGGAAGGGAAGGAAGAGAAGCAAAAAUGAGAGGAA